AUGAGUGCCGCAGGUGGCGCAUUUGGUGGCAAUAGGGGGCUCCGUCCAGUGCCUCCCGAGAAGGGAAUAUUCCCAUUGGACCAUAUGCAUCUGUGUGACCUAGAGAAAGUGGAAUAUCUCAACUGUUUGAAGACUGCCAGACACGAGUCUGAAAAAUGCAGGCAAUUCUCAAAAAAAUACCUGCAGUGUCGCAUGGAGAAGAACUUGAUGGCAAAACAAGACUUGGCUGAACUUGGUUUUAAGGAAAGUAAUGUAGAAACUCCUGGAGGGAAAAUUACUGACAGGGUUUGA